AUGCUCCCCUGUGCUGCUGUUGUGUCCCACGCAGGGCACGGCGGUGUGAACCAGCUCGGCGGGGUGUUUGUGAACGGCAGGCCCCUCCCGGACGUGGUGAGGCAGCGGAUCGUGGAGCUGGCCCACCAGGGUGUCCGGCCCUGCGACAUAUCCAGACAGCUACGGGUCAGUCACGGCUGUGUCAGCAAAAUCCUCGGCAGGUACUACGAAACCGGCAGUAUUAAACCCGGAGUCAUUGGUGGCUCCAAACCUAAGGUUGCAACUCCGAAAGUGGUGGAUAAAAUUGCUGACUAUAAGCGGCAGAACCCAACCAUGUUCGCUUGGGAAAUAAGGGACCGACUACUGGCUGAGGGAGUCUGCGACAACGACACCGUCCCCAGCGUUUCAUCCAUCAACAGGAUUAUCCGCACCAAAGUCCAGCAGCAAUUCCACCCAUCCCCUGACGGAUCCGUUACGCCGCUCUCCACGCCCGGCCACACCAUAGUGCCCAGCACAGCCUCUCCCCCUGUGACCAGCGCCUCCAACGAUCCCGUAGGUUCCUACUCCAUCAACGGCAUUCUGGGUAUCCCUCGCUCAAAUGGCGAGAAGAGGAAACGAGACGAUGUUCUCUGGAGUGGCAACCACAUGGAUGGAAGGAAAAUAGGACAUUAUGGCUCUGAUGGCUCAGGCCCCGGCAGCGACUCUCAGGGCAGCGUGGAGAGUUUAAGGAAGCACCUGCGGGCAGACGCCUUCACCCAGCAGCAGCUGGAGGCCCUGGAUCGUGUGUUCGAACGUCCGUCUUAUCCUGAUGUCUUCCCCACUUCAGAACACAUCAAACCUGAACAGGCGAAUGAAUACUCACACCCAUCCCUGAACGGCGGCCUGGAUGACGUGAAGCCGAGCCUUUCCUCCAGUGCCAGCUCCGACCUCGCCUCCAGUGUCUCCCAGAGCUACUCUGUUGUGACAGGUCGAGACAUGGCCAGUACCACCCUACCUGGCUACCCACCUCACGUCCCCCCUGGACAAGGCAGCUACCCCACCUCCACACUCGCUGGAAUGGUUCCUGGAGGGGACUUUUCUGGAAACCCUUACUCUCAUCCACAGUACACCACAUACAACGAAGCGUGGCGGUUCAGCAAUCCAGCAUUACUAAUGCCGCGUCCCGUGGCUCCGCACCACCCACUGCUGCCACGGCCUACGACCGCCACUAGUUACUACAGAGACCAGCUCAAACUGCAGGCCCAGGGCUACGGCCUCCAUAUUGUCCACGUCUGAGAAACACUGAGGUCAAAGGGAAGCGAGGUGGAAUCCUAAAGGAAACCCUGUGACGUUACACGAUGUGGAGGAGGGAUCGGCCAGGUCACAUCGGGGCAUCUAGCCCAGCUUCAGCGUCACACACUUUGGGUCAAAAUGGCCUGCGGGACGUUCAGAGCCCACCUAUCAUGCCCUCACUCUCUCACAGGCCGAACACUUCCAGAAUGACUUUAAGAGAUUAUAUAAAUAUAUAUAUUAUAAAAUAUAAAUUGAAGAAAAACAGUGUGAAGAAUACCAUGUGGAAAAAAAUGUUGUGGGUUUUUAUUUUUGUUUCUCUGUUGCUGUUGAUGUUGUUGUUGUUAUUUUAUUCAUGGAUCCUCACAUUCCUUUUUUGUCAUGAACUGCAGUAUUUUUCUGCUCUCAAGAGAGAAGUCCAGGGGAAAUAAAAAAGGUCCCAUAGCUUGACGAUGCAGCGUCUUGAAGCAGUGAUUUGAGGGCUUUACUCUGGUGCUUUGACUACGUCUUCUGCUCCCAUUUCUCCUGUCCCAGUGACGUCAUCAGCUUAACACAGCAUGUCCUACAACGUUUACUGACCCUAAAGACACCAUUGGAAACAUCACACUCCCUGUGGCAAACAAUCAGAUGUAAAAAUGUAAAUCAUUUUGCAAAGUAUUAAAAAUGUGGUGACCACAAAAUGGCCUCGCCAGAAUUUGAAAUACUUUAAUUUAUUUGUUUCCGUUACUAUGUUUUAUUGUCGGAAAAAGGCUUUCAAAGAUUUCUUCAGAGUAGUUCUCACAUUUCUCUCAUUUUCGAGUCAUGUCCGUGCAUGAUCGUCCUUUAUUCUUUUUUUGCACUAUACCCUCUGCUUAUUUAUUUUUAUUUGGUACUGUCACUUAACAUUACGUUUAAUUAACCUUCCAAUUGAAAACAUAAGUAAAAACUUUUCAUGUUGGUGCACAAAGCAGACAGACAUCUUUUUCUGAGUAAAAGCAAUGCUUUCAAUUUUCUGAGGAGUUUGUAAGCCCUAUCCCUAUGGCUACAUGAACAAAUUCAAUUCUCCUGGGUUAUAAUCCAUUCAGCUUCUUAGUCGUACCACUAGAUGCCUACACUGUUUAGAAAGCUGUUUGCAGUUGAGCAAACUAACUGUAAAUUAGCUUCAACAAUUGCCUUACAAGCCUGUUUUUUCAAAGCAAAUUCAUGCUUGUUCAACAAAAUUAAUUGCCUUUUCAAAUACAUAUUCACCACCCUCUUUGAUUUACGUUCUACUCUCCAUAGGUACUGAAAGGAAAAACUGGUUCCGUUUGCUUUUUGGAAAAUAUUUUGUGAAUGUACUACUAACUACAUUUGCCAAAGACUUAGUUUGAUAUUUAAUAUUUUAUUUACAGUAUAUGUAUACAUAAAUAAAGCAGUAUUAUCUUUUAAAUGAGUAGUCAACACUGAACAUGUAUGCCGUGACUUUUUAACGGACGAACAACAUGAUGCAUAUGACUGUAAUGAAAAAGGUGAAAUUCAGUUACUCAAUACUCCGUCAGUUGCAACAAAAUGCUGCUUUGUAGAAUGAUUUGUGAAUAAUGUGUAGACAAUUCUUCUCUGUAAAUAAUGUCACACACACUUGCAGCAUCAUACUAAUGUACUGACUCCCUUUGUAGAUAUUCAAACUGAAAAAAUCAUUACAUUUGUGUCUAAAUGUAAUGUUGUGCUCUGAGGAAAGGCACGACUACUGUAUGACCUGUGGCUACACAUACUGUAGUAGCAGGUUCCAAAUGCUAACAUCACAUAGGUUGUCUUUGUCAUUUUAUUUUGUUUUCAUGAUAAUGUCAUGAUAAUGUUUUAUGUCACUAUGCAAUGAGUUUAAUGGCUUUCUGUAUCAUCUUUUGUUGUUGGGCUCAGAAUAAGUAAUCCCCAUGGAGAACAGCAUAUAAAUGAACAAGAACAAAAGACCUCCAGUGUGAAAUGGUUUCUCUCUCAUUUCACAAAUUCCCUUAAAUGAGGAUGCGAUCAAACUGAAGUCCUUGGCAACAAUCAAAGAUAUUGUCCUGUUUGCUGUUAGUAGAUGUUGUGAUCAUUAUGUUAAUCCAAAUUACAGUCAUCUGUGGCUCCAUGUGUAGAAACACAUCCAGACUUAUUACCAGUCACCCAUCUCUCCUUGCUCCCUUCACUCCCUCUACCAAUACAAUGCUUCAGCAAAAAGGCAUCCAACAUGAAGUUUACUUUAAUUCCACACAAGCAAAUACAUCAUCUGGCACCGGGGUUAGCUGUCGUUGCUGAGAGCACCAGAUAAAAGAGAAACUGCGGUCCUGCUCUUCAGGAGAAGCUAUCCUCUACAAAUUGCACUUGGGAUUUGCCUAUUUCUGUCUACAUGUAGCUCGACAUAUCUGAAAAUGAAACAGUGGCGCAGAGUGCAAGCCACCAUCAGUCAGGCAAAGUCUUUGCUUUAGGAAGCAGAGCACCUCUAAAGGAAAGGGUCUUCUGCUGUUGUAAAGAUGAUACAGGAGAUGUGUCAUGGACAUAAAAGGAUUUCUGAUGAAAAUCUAUACAGAAAGCCUUGUGGCCUCAAUCAUUGUUCUGUUUCAGUUCUGUUCCAAUUCUUUUUGUGCACAUGAGAAAUAAAUUCUUUUAUAUGUCA